AUGCCACACCCAUCCAUAGAUGAGUAUCUUGAUGGAAUGCGCGAGAGUGGUAUUCAUAGAGAAGAUAUAUUUCUGACAUCCAAGCUGUGGCCAGCUCAUUACGGCUAUGAGAAGACCAAAGCUGCCUUUCACAACUCGCUUCAGAAAAUGCAGACAGAUUAUCUGGACCUGUACCUGCUCCACUGGCCUUACUGUCCACUUGCUGAGAAAGAUCCAAAACAUACACUACACGAGUCCUGGAGAGCUCUGGAAGAUCUUUACGAUGAAGGAAAGAUAAAAGCAAUUGGUGUCAGCAACUUCCUCAUUCCUCAUCUUGAAGAUUUGCUAGAAGAGUGUCGAAUCCGCCCCAUGGUGAACCAGGUGGAACAUCACCCUUACAACAACGAGAAAGAUCUAUUUCAGUUCUGUAAAGAUAACAAUAUUCAAUACGAGGGUUACUGCCCACUGGCCAAAGGUCGGAUACUUAAUGAGCCCAUAGUUGUGGAGAUAGCUCAGCAGCACAACAAAACACCUGCUCAGGUGUUAAUCAGGUGGUCAUUGCAGGAUGGAAUAGUUACAAUACCCAAAUCUACAAAAGAAUCCAGAGUACUGGAGAAUUGUCAGGUGUUUGACUUUAAUCUAGAUAGUGUUGCCAUGGCAAUCCUCGAUAAUCUUCACUGUGGUCUGAAGAUGAUUCCCCAAGUCUCCUCCUCAAGGUCAUAUCUCUGCAGACAUAUUGGGGAGGAGGACAUCGGCAACACUAGGACUGAUUUCAGACAAUGUCAUUGUGUUAUUAAGUAGACUUAUACUUUAGGAUUUAUUAUUUACUUCAGUGGAAUUAUUUCCAAAGGACCAAAUUGAAUCCACAUUGCAAUGUUAUUCCAGUGGUGCUUCCCCAUAUUUAAUGUGAUAAACAAUAUGGUUUAUAACAUGGUAUUGAUCACGGGUAAUUGACAAUCAAAACAUUGCCAUUGAUGCAGUAAAAUUGGUAAAAAAUAAACUUAACAAAUUCGCCUAUUUCCAGUUUCUUAAUAGCAACUUUAGAUUUAUUCACCAUUUAUUUGGAGAGUAUUGCAAUGAAGCUGGAGGCAAACAGUAUUGAGAUCCAUUUUAGGUAAAACUAUCAUUUUGAACGAAUUUUAUGUAUGUAUAUUUACAUAAUUUUAAAGCAAUUAAAUAUAUAUUUGAUUUCCUUUUUGAUUUCCUUUUAGUGUGAAAGCGACUGUUGGAGUUAGUUAACUCUGACAGUGGUGAAACAUCUUUAUUGAUAUACUGUAAACUAUAAGACUAUAAAAUAUUUUAAGAACUUUGUUUCAGCAGUGUUUUAUAGACAGAUGUAUAAAAGUUAAUAAUACAGUCAGGAAUCAAAAGCAAAAAAAUAUGAAUAUACAAAUGCCAACAUUCCCACAUUGUGACAACCGUUAUAAGUUGUAAAACACUUCAAUUUCUGCCAUUUAACAGCUCCAGAUCUUUCUUCAAACAGUCAAUUCUCACUUUUGAUAUAAUCAGUAAAAAGUCCUGUGGUAGGAAAUGUAACACUAUAUGAUGUAUUAUUGCUAAAAUUGUCUACUUAUAUAGAUUACUUAUAAGUAUGAUGUGAUUUCACAAUAUUGAAUAAAUGUUGACCCAAUAAAUAUACUUACAUGUAGCAAAUCAAACAUAUUAGAAUAUUUCACAGAUAGGUAGUCAUUGCAAGCCCUUGGGUUUGGCAUGAUCAAAGAAAAA